UUGAUCAUUUGUCCUGGGCCUUACAUCCCAUCGGAGAAACACUUUCAUUCUUUCUCCAACGCCACUAUUCUCCUUUUUUUGAUUGGAUUACAGGUAAUGAGGAGUCUUGCCUUGUGUUUUUGCUUUUUUUUUUUGCUUUUUUGGAAGGGAAAGAUUCGCACACGGGAGUCGCUCAGCAUCCUCAGCAUCCUCAGCAGCAGAGGGAGUCACACCACCAAAUAUCCCAUCCCAGACCACGUCGGGUAAGCCGCGCUGCAGCAUCCUCGGACGUGCCUGCACACCCUGGCAGCAAGCGUUGGACGCAGGGUCUUGUGAUGUGUGCAGUGUCGUAGCAGGGAGUGACAUAUGUCUCACACACACACACACACACACACACAUCUGCGUGUCACUCACUCUGACACACCAGUUCUAGCUGAGCAGUCACCAUGAACGCCAGCUUAUCCUGUAGAGAUAUAUGAGGCAGUUUGGGCUUGUCAUGGGGGUGAGCGGAAGCAGAGAGUGACAGAGGAACAGUGAUGCUACUGUUUACAUAACAAGACAUCCACACACACACACACACACACACACACACACACACACACACACACACACACACCCAUACACACACACACAUAGAGUCAAAGGACUGACGCCUACUGACUCACCACACACUCAGAGGCACUGAAUCACACACAUAGGCAAAGGUUAUUUUCGAAGGGUCAGGGUGUGUGUGCGGUGUGUUUACGGGCCAAGCUGCGCGAGCGUGCAGGAUACCUCUGAAGGCUCGUAAACGCACACACACACCGGUGACUGCUUCCUCCGAUUCCCACCCCCCACCAGCCGUCCCUGAACACACCAUUAUGUCCGAUCAGAAGAGGAGACGGAGAGCUCCUCCGCCGCACCUCUCCUCUCUCCUCGGGCCGCUCUGCCUCCUUCUCGCCCGCUGCGCGGCGCCCGCUUCGACGCAGCAGACGGCGCCCGUCGUCUCCACGGCGCAGGGACGCAUCCGAGGCAACCUGACCCCGCUGCCCUCGGACCUCCUGGGCCCCGUCAUCCAGUACCUAGGAGUGCCUUACGCCAGGCCCCCGACCGGAGACCGACGCUUCCAAGCACCUGAGCCGCCCUUACCCUGGCCCGGAAUACGAAACGUGACCCAGUUUGCUCCCGUCUGCCCGCAGUCGCUGGAUGAGAGGAGCAUGCUGGGAGAUAUGAUGCCCUCCUGGCUCACCGCCAACCUGGACAUAGCCGCCACCUACCUGACUCACCAGAGCGAGGACUGCCUCUACCUCAACAUCUACGUGCCCACUGAGGAAGACAUCCACGAGGAGGGGGGGCAGAGGCCUGUGAUGGUCUACGUCCAUGGCGGCUCCUACACGGAAGGCACCGGAAACAUGAUGGACGGCAGCGUGCUGGCGAGCUACGGCAACGUCAUCGUCAUAACCCUCAACUACCGCCUGGGCGUACUUGGGUUUUUGAGUACAGGCGACCAGGCCGCUAAGGGGAACUAUGGCCUGCUGGACCAGAUCCAAGCGCUGCGCUGGGUUAAGGAGAACAUUGCAGCUUUCGGAGGAGAUCCAAACAGGGUGACCGUGUUUGGAUCUGGAGCUGGCGCCUCCUGUGUCAGCCUGCUCACCUUGUCUCACUACUCUGAGGAUUUGUUCCACAGAGCCAUCAUCCAAAGCGGCAGCGCUUUAGCCAGUUGGGCCGUCAACUACCAGCCCAGCAAGUACGCCCGACAGCUGGGCGAGAGGGUGGGCUGCGGCAUCGAUGACAGCACUCAGCUGGUGGCCUGCCUCCAGGGCCGCAGCUACCGCGAACUGGUGGAGCAGCACGUCUCUCCCGCCAAGUACCACACGGCGUUUGCGCCGGUGAUAGACGGAGACGUGAUACCGGACGACCCGCAGAUCCUGAUGGAGCAGGGAGAGUUCCUCAACUACGACGUGAUGCUGGGGGUCAACCAGGGCGAGGGGGUGAAGUUCGUGGAGGGCAUCGUGGACUCCGAGGACGGAGUCACGGCGGAGGACUUUGACUUUGCUGUGUCAGACUUUGUGGACAGUCUGUAUGGAUACCCAGAAGGCCGCGACACUCUGAGAGAGAGUAUAAGGUUCAUGUACACCGACUGGGCCGACCGUGACAAUGCGGAAACAAGACGGAAGACCCUGGUGGCGUUGUUCACAGACCACCAGUGGGUGGCCCCUGCCAUCGCCACGGCAGACCUGCACGCUCAGUACGGGUCGCCUACCUACUUCUACUCCUUCUACCACCACUGCCAGAGUGAAGCCACGCCACCCUGGGCGGACUCUGCACAUGGCGACGAGGUUCCCUACGUGUUCGGCGUACCCAUGGUGGGUCCUACCGAUCUCUUCAACUGUAACUUCUCCAAGAACGACGUCAUGCUCAGCGCCGUGGUGAUGACCUACUGGACCAACUUCGCCAAGACGGGAGACCCCAACCAGCCUGUUCCCCAAGACACCAAGUUUAUCCACACCAAACCCAACCGCUUUGAAGAGGUGGCCUGGUCUAAGUACACCCCGAAAGAGCAGCUGUACCUCCACAUUGGCCUGAAGCCCCGCGUCAGAGACCACUACCGGGCCACUAAGAUUUCCUUCUGGCUCCAACUGGUCCCUCACCUGCAUCACGUCAACGAGCUCCUCCAGUCGGUGUCCUCCUUCACCCACAGUCCCUCUCCGCAAGAUGACACUCCUUACUCCUACACGAAGCGCCUGUCCAAGGGCUGGCCUCCGAGUAGCACACGUCACCCGGGCUCCCAAGGAGGUACCCCGCCGCCGCCAGAGUCCGCUCUAGGACAGGGCGGAGGCGAAAACGGCGUUCACGUCCCCAAUGAGGACUACUCGACGGAGCUCUCCGUUACGAUCGCAGUGGGAGCGUCUCUGCUGUUCUUGAACAUCUUGGCAUUCGCCGCUCUUCUCUACAAGAAAGACAAAAGGAGGCUGGAGCAUCGCAGGCCGCGUCCGCUUCCUCCUCCACGACGGGAUAUCACAGCUGCCGAUGUUGCUGCUCACCUUCAGGGGGAAGGACUGAUGUCAUUACAGGUGAAGCAGCUGGAGUCGGACGCAGCGUCGGCCGACGAGAGGAACAACACCCACCACCAUCACACCUUGGACACGCUGGACGCUCUGGACGGCUUGGACACCCAGGACAUCUACAGCACGCUGGACACCGUGCGUCUCACCUGCCCGCCCGACUACACCCUCACCUUGCGCCGCUCGCCCGACGACGUACCCCUCAUGACCUCCCUGACCCCGGGGUCGCUCCCCGUGACCCCGGGGUCGCACUCAGUGACCCCCGCCACGCCCAUGACCCCCAUGACCCCCGGAUCGGUGGUGGGGAUGAGGAUGGGCCACCCUCACCAGGGAUACACGCACCAUAGUCCGUACAGCAACACGCACUUGCCGCACACACACAUCUCCGCGCACACACACUCCACCACGCGUGUAUAACCGCAGCGAGAAUCUUGCCCCGAGUGGGACAUAAUUACAACACACACGCUUACACACACACACAUCAAGCAAGUACAAGACUGAAAUACCUCUGCUAAUUACCCUGCAGGAUUGUUCCAGAUGGAGGCGGUACAGUAGGAACAGGAGACAAAACAGCUGUGUGGGGAGCAGGUGAAGAACUGGAGAUGCAGUUCUAUGCAUCGCUUUCCACUACCACACCUUCUGGUUUUUCUAAGCCCCCCAGGAUAAAACAAAGGGGGGUGGAUCUAGGGGUAAAACUGACCACACACACUUAUACAUACACACACACACACACACACACACACACACACACACACACACACACACACACACACACACACACACACACACGGACUCCUGAUGACCACCUGAACAACCUGUGAAAUGUGAAUGUAGCAAUUUUUCUUCUUCUGUUUUUCAACUAAAAGAACAACUUACAGAAGAGAACAAAAUACAACCGGGGAGAAGAAAAAAAAAAAAAAUCUAUAUUUAAAAAGAAAAAUAACCCAUAGCUGAAGGGAAAGUGAGAGAUUGAUCAGGGGUAGGGCGGGGGGGUGGGGGGGAAUUAUAGUAUACCAGCCCUCUGAGAUGCUCCACCUAAGCAUCGCUCCUACCAGCUAUGUGUUUGACUCCUGUAAAUAGAACGGAAAGAUGAUAUAUUAUGAUUUAUAGCAUUUACUUGCAUUGACUUAUUUAACCACAUUAUUGCUUUUCAUUUCCGAUAUUGCUCUGUUCUUGUGUAGAUGUCCUGAAGCGAGGCUGGUUGUAUGUCUCCUGUCACCCACUCUCGUAUGUACACUUCAUUUUAGGAGGCUUUCUUCGCUAUAUGCCGCCACUUCAGCCAGUCCCAUGUACUUGUAUACUUGUUUAGUCGCUGAAACAUGGGCAUUUAAAAAAAAAAAAAAGAAAAAAGAAGAGAAAAACACCGUCCUGUCUAUUUGUUUUACUACUAGAUGAUGAGAUGUAUUGUGUAGAUAACGCGACAUUGGUAUGAUGAUUGACCACCAGCCAAACGCCAUUAACCAUUGAAAUACCUUCCUCGUCUCCAUCUGCACCCUCACCCAAAACGACUAGCCUAAAAUAUUCUAUGUAGUAAACAACUAAAUUGAUUCAGGGAUAUCUUAAAAACAUUUUUUAAAUCCAUUCCGCCCCCAAAAAAUCUGAAUAUACAGUCGUGGUCGAAGGUUUACAUCUGUCUUGAGUUUCCAAUAAUUUCUACAACUCUUAUUUUUUUGUGAUAGAGUGAUUGGAGCACAUACUUGUUGGUCACAAAAAAAAUUCAUGAAGUUUGGUUCUUUUAUGAAUUUAUUAUGGGUCUACUGAAAAUGUGCUGCAAUAAGGCGUUUUUGGUAGCCAUCCACAAGCUUCUAGUUGAAUUUUUGACCAGUCCUCUUGACAAAAUUGGUUGUUUUUCUGAAAUUAACUUAUUUCUUCAGCAUUGUCCACAUGUUUAAGUCAGGACUUUGGGAAGGCCAUUCUAAAACCUUCCUUCUAGCCUGAUUUAACCAUUCCUUUACCACUUUUGACGUGUGUUUGGGGUCAUUGUCCUGUUGGAACACCCAACAGCGCCCAAGACCCAACCUCCAGGCUGAUGAUUUUAGGUUGUCCUGAAGAAUUUGGAGGUAUUCCUCCUUUUUCAUUGUCCAAUUUACUCUCUUUAAAGCACCAGUUCCAUUGGCAGCAAAACAGGCCCAGAGCAUAAUACUACCACCACCAUGCUUGACGGUAGGAAUGGUGUUCCUGGGAUUAAAGGCCUCACCUUUUCUCCUCCAAACAUAUUGCUCGGUAUUGUGGCCAAACAUCUACAUUUUUGUUUCAUCUGACCACAGAACUUUCCUCCAUAAGGUCUUAUCUUUGUCCAUGUGAUGUCAGAUAAAACAAAAAUUGAGCUGUUCGGCCACAAUACCCAGCAAUAUGACCCAUAAUAAAUGAAUGUUUUUUGUGACAAACAGGUAUGUGCUCCAAUCACUCUAGUAGAAAUUAUUGGAAACUCAAGACAGCCAUGACAUGAUGUUCUUUAUAAGUGUAUGUAAACUUUUGACCGCGACUGUAUAUACUUAAAAAAAAAAAAAGGUUUCUACAAACCACAAUCGUGCAGCAUAUGUUAUUUGAUGAGUAAUGCGUUUUAUUUAUGCUUUUUGGGAGUUGUGCUCUCUAAAAUAAAUAUUUCUGCCAAGAUACACAUGCUUGCAAAUUGUUGGGGUCUUUCAAAAAAUCUUAAAGAGGGAUGGCACUUUUUUAUUUUGCCUAUCAUUCACAAUCCU